UCGAUCCGUUUUCUCUGACACAAACGCUUGGCCCACAUUGAAUCUGUAUAUUAUUUAGUAGUUGCGCAACUCAACGGUUCACACAGAAUUAUGGAAACCGGAGUGAGAAGUAGUAAUAUUCAGCCUUAUACUGAAUGUGUGAUGGCAAAAGAAGAACUUCCUCUUUAAUAUUUUGUGGUGAUUGUAACCUCUACUGAGGUCGCGUUUAUUUUAUUUUUUACUUUUCGGGAAAACGUGGGAGUCAAGGUCUCAAGGGGAAGCGUGCUGUCAGCGGUUCGGUGGGCUGACAUUACAAGCAGGAAUGGCCACUGCAAGGCUUGAUUACGUUGCUCCGUGGUGGACAUACUGGCUGCACAAUUUCCCUCACUUCAGUUUCUUUUUCCAGUCGGUAGACAGUACUUUCAAACCGGAGGAGGCGAGCUACCAGCAGUCCUUGAUCAUUCUAGCGUGUGUUGGUGCGGUAGGUCUGGUUCUGAGCCUUCUGGUCCUUGCAGUAUACCUGGUCUGCCUGUGUUGCUCCCGCAGGGAAACAGAUGACGACACCAAAAGGCCUAAUACCUGCUGCGUCACCUGGGCUGCUGUCAUCACAGGUCUCAUCAUAUGUUCUGCAGUAGGAGUAGGUUUCUAUGGAAACAGUGAGACCAACGAUGGGGUGUACCAGCUGACCUACUCGCUCUCCAAUGCCAAUCACACAUUGGGUGGCAUCAACAAUCUGGUUGCCGGAUCUCUGAGCAAUUUGGAAACGCAACUCAAACAGCACCUCGAACGGCUUGAUGAAAUCUUUGCUACAAGGGCUGACUACCUCCAAGCUUUGCGCUUCAUGCAGCUGAUGGUCAACAAUGUCAUACGCGAGCUGAUUGCUCUGCCAGAUAUCAACAACGCCAAUGUUGACUUGGCAGCCAUUGCUGACCAAACGGCCUUCAUUGAGUAUUAUAGAUGGCUGACAUAUCUGCUGCUGCUGAUCAUGGAUCUGGUCAUCUGUCUGGCCAUGUGCUUAGGGAUGGCCAAGCAGUAUCGAUGGCUGCAUAUCACGAUCAUGGCUUUUGUAGUGCUGUCUCUGAUCCUGAGCUGGGCCUCACUGGGAGCGGGCACUGCUACUGCUGUGGGCACCAGUGACUUUUGUGUAUCUCCAGACAAGUUUAUUGUUAACCAAACCAAGGAUUUCCUCAGUGCAGAUGUUGCUCACUAUUAUUUGUUCUGCAGUCCGAAUCUACCUAACCCUUUCCAACAGUCUUUGACAAUCUGCCAGCGUUCUCUGACCACCAUGCAAAUUCAGAUCCAGGGCUUACUGCAGUUCUCGGUGCCUGUCUUUCCCACUGCUGAGAGAGACCUUUUAGGGAUCCAACGACUGUUGAACUCCACCGAGUUCAGUCUACACCAGCUAACAGUCUUGCUUGACUGCCGCGGGCUACAUAAGGACUACCUGGAUGCCCUAAUGGGUGUGUGCUAUGAUGGGGUGGAAGGACUCCUCUACCUGUCUGUGUUUUCUCUGCUGGCUGCAUGCACACUCACUGCCAUGCUCUGCGUGAUGUUCAGACUGUGGACACUAAUGGGCAGCAGAGACAAAGAGUAUGAUGAUAUAGAUGAAGAGGACCCGUUCAACCCCCAAGCACGGCGGAUAUCCUACAACCCCAGAAGGUCCAAUGUCCACAGUUUCUGUAGCUUUACCAGCAGCCUCGAGAGCCAGCCCAGCCUUCAUCCGCCUCUGCAAUCUGCUUCUAAUGUCAUACCACCUCCAGAAUACAUGAAUCAGUCCAUGCUGUUUGGAGGGAGUCCUCGAUAUGAGAACGUGCCGCUGAUAGGGAGAGGAUCCCCACCUCCCUCGGAUGUUCUAACCUAUAACCCAAAGCUCCAUACAGUACCUCAGCUGUGUGACCUUUGACCUUCUGGCACUGUUUUAUCCACAGUGUGUUACAUUAUUCACCCAGUAUGAGGACCACCUAUCUAUCUAUGACUGAUGCCCAGAUCAGACACUUUGGGACUGACUUCCAGGUGUAGCCUGCUACCUACUGAAUCCUUUUGAGAGAGGUACUGUCUGAGACUGAGUUCUUACCAAGGAGGCUGUCUUCCUGGCAUAAUCCUGUUUACGGGAGCUGCAGCCUGCUGUCCCAAUCUGAGAUAUGAAAGCAAACUAUAUGAGGCAAAUACCUCAGUAACACACCAAUGCAGCGCUCUGAAAGCCCUGCAUGCACUUUUGAACAGAGUGCCUGUACAGGUUCACUUCAAGACUGUUGUUGAUGUUGUCAUGAUGUGUGAAAAUACUGUUACUGCAAUGUAAGCAUUCCCAUGAGCCAAAUCAAAAGCGUUUGAACUGAUUGAAUCAACAAACAAAAAAAAAAGUUUUGCUUUUUCUUAUGUUCCGGUGGCCUGCAUGGAUAUGAUCAUCAAUACGGUCAGUACCCAUAGACCGUCCAUCAUGGCAUUUAGAUUUUUUUCAAAAUCCCUACUCUGUGGCAGUAAUUUAUUCCCUCAUAUAUUAGGCCUUUGUGUAAUUUUUAAUGGUGCUAUAUGAAAAUGAAACAACAUAUUUUCAACUUUUCAAAAUAUUAACAGAAUGUCUCAGUGAAAACCAUACCAAAUAUUGUAGUUUUUUUGUUUUAUUCUUUACUUUCUAGGUAAGUAACUGUCACAGGUUUAAUCAUCUCUUUGUUCAAGUUGUAUUACUGAAUUGCAAUAUAUGACCUGCUGAUCAGGGAUGGGUGAAAUUGUCGGAGCUGAUGGGUUUAUUAGGGUUUUGCUUUAUAUGGAGACCAAAUAGCACACACCCCCAGGCCUAAAUAACCACAACAGAAUGGGAUUCAAUUCGCCUGCAGGCAUUUAUUACAGUGUUGUUACACAACUGGUACAGUAUGAACUGAAUAUACACACAUUUAAUGUUUGUUCUCAGUCCUUCAGCCCUCAUUAUUUUAUGAAUGAGAAAUUGUUCUCAUCAGUUUUGGAGUAAUCUGUUGUAUGCUGUUUUCUGUUUUGGAUAAUGUAUCAAACUAAACCAAUGUUUGACCAUAAAUGCUGUAUUCAGAU